CCACGCGAACAGGGACGUGUCUUGAACCACGAAAGGUUGACUAGUACCGAGCCUGCGUACACAACCCGGCAAAGGCCCCCGCGUGCGGUCAAGGGCCCUUGACGCCGUCGAUCGGACAUAGCGAAAGAAAACGCAGAAGAAAAAUCACGGGGGCCCAAUCAUGAGAAGGCGCCGGGCCAGUCCUGCUCUCGUCAACGAACAAUGAACGGCGAUGCCGGCCUGGUAGGCUGCCUGGUGGACAGGCUGACCACGAGACUCCCCCACCGCACCGGCACGCCAACCCAGGACUUCUCCCAAGACGACAUCGUCUCCAUCACCCGCGCCACGCUCGUCAAGAUCAGCGCGACCUCCAUCAGCCUCAUCCUCGAUGCCCUUCUCGGCCUGCUCGAGGACCUCAUCCGCCCGCACAGCGCUGUCUCGUCACACCCGCCCCAUGUCCUCCUCUCAGAACUCUACGUCCUCGAGCUCAUCGCCGACUGCUGCGCCAGCAAUUGGUACCGGUUGAAGGGCUCCGGCGGCCGGUCGAGCCCGUCCGCCGCGUCCGAAGCCCCGCUGUCCCCUUCUCAGCGGGCCGCCUUCUACCCCCCCGAGGCAGUCAGCGAUGUGCAGCUCCACCGCCUGUUCGAAAUCAUCAAGGUGUUCUUCGAGCCCAUUCCGGACGGCUACUCGCUCCCGGCCAAGGCGAUACUCGACGACUCAUCCUCGGCCAGACAUGUGACGCCCUCGCCCGUCGAAGAGCCCACGCGAACACCUCUCUCCGCCGGCUCCUCCUCCGGCGAGGCGCCCGAGACUCGCACCCUUCUCCAGGCCCGUGCCGGCUCCAUCGAGACAAACAUCAAGCUCAUUAUGGAGUACGUGACGGCAUCGAGCUGGCCCGCCGCCUUCGACCUCUUCCGGGGCGUCAUGUACUCGGCCCGGACCAAUCUGCCCACCCAGGGCGGUGCCGCCCCCAGCUCCGCCUCGGCAGAGGAGGAGCGCGCCGCUCUCAUCAUGAUGCGCCUCGUCUCGUUCUUCUGGGUCGACAGCCAGAAGCUGAGUCUCGUCGUGCAGGAGUUCUGCUCCGGCUUCCUGCACUAUCGCAAGUCCUUCCAAAACACCAUCGCCGUGGUCAUACCCCAGAUCAUCACCCGCUGGCUGGACAGGUACCCGGCCGAGUUCGUCCAGCUGCACUCCAUGAGCAACCCCAGGCGCCGCGAGAACGCGCCGGAUACCCUGUUCGACAUGACGCUGACGGUCGGCGACAGCGGACGCCGCAAGGCGUUGAUGUACCCCAUGCAGAUGACGCUGCUCUUCCUGCAGCCGGACGUCUUCGAGGUCGCCAGCAACAUGCGCGACUCCAAGGGGGCGGGUAUCGCCAAGAAGGUGCAGUUCCUGGACGGCCUGAGAAAGGCACUCCGGAACCGCAACGAGCAGGCCGCCUACUGCCUCGUCCUGCUGCUCAGGGUCGCGCGGCACUUCGACGCCGAGAGCGACUCGGGGCUCAUGAGCUACGCCAUGGACGUGCAGGACGAGGUGCGUGACGCCGUCUUCAGGCGGUUCGCCCCCGGCGCCGAGGGUGCCGCGUAUGAUCAGGACAUCAUGACGGCCGCUUUCGUGUCGCUGACCCAUCUCAACUUCGAGCACUCGGUCGACACGCUCGCCGUCUCCUGCCUCUCAUCGUCGGCCCCACAGAGCUUCAAGAUCGCCGUCAUACAAGCCUGCGCUCACUUUGCGCGGCUGGGGAAUAGCCAAGAGUACCAACCUCUCUUCACCGCCGCGAGUGCGUUCAUCCAAGGCCAGUUGCAGACCAUGGCCGACCUUCUCGCCGACGGGUACAUUGAAGAACAAAGCGCGCAGCGCAAAGCGGUGGAGAGCGCCCCGUCGAUCAGCAUGGUAUGCAACCUCCUCAACUUCCUCGACGCCUCGCCCAUGACCUUGUUCGAGGGUCCGCCCGCGGACCGGGAUGAACGCGACCAAUUCUACGAGGAGAACCUGGGCGCUCUCAUCUCGUGCAUCGUCGCCGCCGACGAGUCAGUUAGGCGGCUGGCAACGGGCGUCGCGAGGCGCUUGUUUGCCAAGGAGGGCCUCCUGCGCAACAUCAGGUCGUCCAAGGGUCUGAGCUCGAAGGCGUUCAAGACCAAGUUCUGGAGAUUGACGUCGCUCAUUCUUAUAUCCAUCUGCGAUAAGGCGAGGCUGCCCUGCACCGCCGAAGCACUCCAGUCGAUCAACGGGUAUCUUGAGUCGAGAUUGCUUCUGCUGACGUCGAUCCCGGAGCUGGCUCAAACCUCUGACGAUAUACCCGAGCGCACCGCUGCCUCCAGCAAACUGGAGAAGCUCUUCCUGGUCUCGCUCUGCUCUGCGGACAUGGCGGCGUGCCAGACCGUGGUUUCGUGCAUCAGCACCUUCCUCGAAGAAUGCCGCCUCAUAGACACGGCCCCGGCUACGGCGAAGACGUCGCUGACACUUCUCCGCAACGGUGAGAUCUUUGGCGAGAUUGGGUCGCGCGAGUUCAGAUUCACCGGAAUUGUGGCCUUCCAGAAGAGAAUCAGAACUCUCCUGCGGAAGAUGCAGUAUCCCAGCGCCGGCAUACUCGAUGCUUGGGAGUUUGUUUUUGACAAGUGGUUGCAUCUCUCCAUGGAGAUCUCCCAAGGCGGCGCUGGCCAAGCGGUCCCGGAAAGGAUGGUGGCCGAGUGGCGGAAUUACUCGGGCUUCCUCGCGUCGAUGGGAGGCAUCUGCACCGCCGAGCAGGCCGCCAACCUCGAGGAGCCUGCAAUCAGCGGCCUCAAGUGGAUCGACCGGGUGUCAUCCGGGAACCACGAGGAGCCUCUCCUGACGCGCUAUCUCAGGUUGAGCAUCCAGCUGCUGGCUUGUGCCAAUGUCCGGGUGCGCGAGACCAUGAGGGAGGUCCUCUCCUGCGAGGUGCCGCCAUCGCUAUUUCAACCCCUCUUCAAGGCGCUCGAGACGGAGCUGGACGUGCUCUUCACUGGCGCCCUCGAGCCAACCGUCAAAGGCCAGGACAAUGACAUCAUCUUCGCCGAGCAGUCUUCCUCUCUCCUGAAGGUCCUCGUUGAGCGACUCGACACCCCCUCGGAUCUCGGCGCCGCGUCCGGCCUCCACCUCGGCGCCCUCUGUCUCAACUUUGCCAAGAGCCUCGACGGCGUCCCAGACACCGCCAACAGCCUCCGCGUCAAGAUCAAGAUUUGCCAGCUCGUCGAAGCCGUGACCAAGCGCAAGGAACAGCUGAACUUGCGCGACGACGUGCGUAUCCGCAACCAGCUGCUCGAAUACAUUUUCCGCUGGAUCUCCCGGGCGCGAUCCCCGAGCGACUCCGCGUCUCAGAGCAGCGGCCGCCAGGAUGAGAUGGCCCGCGUUCAGCGGGACCUCGACAAGGCCUGUCUCCGUUCCCUUGCCACGCUCACGUUCAGGUUGCCCCUCCAGCCGAGCGAUGGGCAGACCGACGUCGGCAUGAGCGAACACAAAUCCAAGAUGUUCCACUCGUACUUCAACCGAUUCCUAUCGCUCCUGAACAUGGACUUCAGGGGCUCCGAUCUGGGUCGCGCGGGCGAGCAUCAUAACGGGUAUCAUGGCCAAUACCACUUCGGUUCCAGCAGCAGCGGUGACGCUGAGGCAUCGACGUCAGACCUGGCCAUCACGAUCUUGUCCAACCUCCUCAGCGCGAAUAUCGACGUUGGGCUUAAGCACUCGCUGAGCAUAGGGUACCACGAGAGUACGGACAUUAGGACUGCUUUUGUCAGGGUACUGUACAACAUCCUCGUCCAGGGCACCGAGUUCAACAACUUGAGUGAUGCCGCAGUGAACGAAAAGUACGAUAAGCUGCUAGAGCUGCUCACGAGUGAUCCGAGUUUGGCCUUGGCCAUGAGCGCUGUCUGUCCGAGUCACGAGGUGGACGAGCUCACCAUUUCGCUGCUCAAUAUCUUCGAGGCAAGAGGGGCGAGUUUCGUGUUGCUCGAGGCUUUGAUCAAGCAGGAGAUUGAAGAGACAGAGAACGAGUCGGAACUGCUCCGGCGGACGUGCGUGGCAACCAAGAUGUUGACCAUCUACGCCAAGUGGAAGGGUGCCGGCUACCUCAGAGACACGCUUCAAAACGUCGUCGAGAGGCUCAUGAUGACCGCCGAGGACCUGAGCCUGGAGCUUGAUCCAGCCCGGGUCGGUUCACCCGAGGAACUGCAGACGAACGCGAAGAACCUACAGAUCGUGGCGCGUGUCUUCAUUGACAAUAUCUGCGCCUCGGCGUCGAACAUUCCUGCGUCGUUUCGCAGAAUUUGCAACAUCAUAUCGGAAGCGGUCGUGGAGAGGUUCCCCGACGCUAAGUACACGGCUGUCGGGGCGUUUAUCUUCCUGCGCUUUUUCUGCCCCGCGAUUGUCGCACCCGAGGUCGAGGGCCUGGUGGCAACACCGCCCUCAAAGGAGAUGCGCCGAGGGCUGCUGCUCAUCGCCAAGGUCAUUCAGAACCUAGCGAACAACGUUCUCUUCGGCGCCAAGGAACCCUAUAUGUUUCCGUUGAUUGACUUUUUGACAAACAACAUCUACUACGUAACCACCUUUCUGCGGGACAUCUCGGUUGCGCCAGCUGCUGUAGAGGCACCACCUAAACCGAGUGAGUCCUUUGAGUUUGGCUCUUGCGUGGCCCUCCACAGGUUUCUGUACGAACAUUGGGACCAUGUGCGCCAGCGGCUCGCCUCCAAGGAGAAGAGGGAGUUUGUGCGGUCCCCGGCCGAGUCGACGAGGAGUCGGUCUCCAGUACUUGAGCCGCUGAGGAACCUCAUCAUGAAUCUCGGGCCGCCUCCCCUGGCCGUGACGUGGAAUCGCCCGCACAUCUCGACAAACAGCCCGCCGGCUUACUCCAGGUUCCAGGACUUCAUGCUCCGCAACGCCUUCAAGACCUCCGAGUCGUUCCUCACAUCCCGUGCCGUUUACGACGGCGGGGAGAGCAAAGAUGGGUUGUCGAUCAUCUGCAUCAUCCUGCGCUACAUCGACGGCGAUUCCAUGGACUUCGACACGUUGUUGUACUGCUACCUUAAGAUUGCCAGCCGACUGUGGCACCGCCCGUUCGGCCUGCUUAUCGACUCGACGUACUACAACGGGCAUGACGAACCCAAGGACGAGCUGUUCUACAAGAUCGAGUCGCUUGCUCCCCGGGAGCUGACCCAGCAACUCGCACGGAUUUACAUCUACAACCUGAAUAGCGCGUCCAGGAAAUGCUUCAGACGGAUGCUCCGGGUUGCGUCCAAGAACGAGUCGAGCGUGUUCAACCCGGCAAAUGUCGAGUACCAUCUCAUCGGCAACGUCAACGAUCUACAGGUGCACUUCCACCUCAGCCAAUUGCACCUGCCCAAGGAGACAAUCAACGUGGUGAAAGACCAGCGUUACCUGUUUCAGCCGGUCACCAGGUUAUCCAAAUCCAAGGGCAAAGUUGACGUUGUCAUCAAGGUCGGCAGCCAGUUUGUGCAGGUCACCACGACUAAGAAGCAGGAGAUACCCGGCUUCGGCCUAAGCACGACCGUCAACGAUAUCUUCCGGCUAAACGAUGUCGAUGAGGCGCCCACCUCGAUCCAGACAGAAGACGACUCGGCAUUCGGCCUCAGGGCCGACAGCGGCAGGAUCGUCAUGUACUUCACCAGCCCUAAAAAGACCGAGAUCCUGCAGGCGAUCCGCGCGGCCAAGAUCAAGUACGCCAAGGACGCGAGGGCGACAAAGUCGUUUGAGCGGCUCAUCCGGCCUCAGGAUGUCCCAGGAACGCUGCUGAACCUAGCUCUGACGAAUCUCGCCACUUCCGACCCCGUGCUGCGGCUGUCGUCGUACAACCUGCUCAGCGCCCUGUGCAAGGCCUUCAAGUUUAAGGCCGCGUCUCAACUCCUGAGUAGUAGGGAGAUCUCGGUGCCGCUUGACCCAUCGCAGUUCAUCAUCAAGAUCAGCAAGAGCCUCGCGGAGACGGAGCCGCAGCUCACGGCGGAUUUCUUGAACGAGUUCUUUGUCGGUUGGGACAGUUUCCUGGACGAGCAGAAGCCGCUGAGCUUGGCCUACAUGGCGCCGUGGAUCCCGGGGCUGCGGACGUCGUUGCUGGCGGGCGAGGCCGAGGGCGAAAAGGGGAGGGAAAAGAUCGCCUCGCUGUUCCGGAAGCUGAUAGACGUUGCGCUGUCGGACCCGACGCUGACGUUUGUGUUGGAGCAGUCGGUGUGGCCUGUGAUCCAUCAGGACGAGGUGCUGCUGGACAUCUUCCUCGACGAGAUCAUCAAGGCGGCGCUAAGUCUCGGCUUCGAAGACGAGCAGACCGAGACCCUGACGUCGAUUGCCCGCGCGAUUGGCACAAUCACCCUGAGGGGCAAGGUCAUCACGCGUUUGCGGAAGGCGAUGAACCGCUCAUCGCUGCGGACGACCAGGUACCUGCCCGACAACGCAGUGUGGAACGAGAUCUGCGUGUUGCUGCAGUUCUGCCAGGUGCUGUCGUUCGACAGCGCCAUCCAGGCGCAGAUGUACAUGCCGGAGAUCUUCCACAUCGUCACGAUGCUCGCGAACACGGGCAUGCCGGACGUCAGGGUAGUCGUCCAGCGGCUGCUGAUCAACACGAUCCACUCGGCGUGCACCUCGUUCGCGCUCGACGAGAACAGGCUCAGCAAGCUGAAGGCCACGAUAGAGACGCUCUCGGAUCCAAAGAACGACAUCUUUCUCAACUCGGUCACGUUCAUCCGGGACGGAGCGUCAAUCUCGACGAACCAGGAGGCCGGUCCGACCUUGACCGCGACCGAGAACCUAGCCACGAUUCUCUUCGAGACAUGCUCCGUCGCGGCGCCGUCGGUCGACCUGGCGAACGCAUGGCGUUCACGGUGGAUGAGCCUGGUGGCGAGCACCGCCUUCCAGAACAACCCCGCCAUCCAGCCGCGGGCUUUCACCGUCAUGGGGUGCCUCGCGCGAGAGGAGGUUGAUGACGACCUGCUGUACCAGGUUCUCGUCGCCCUACGGAGCAGCGUGGCCCGCUUCGGCGACGACAGCAACAAUGACAUGCUGGUCGCCAUCAUCACGGCGCUGUCCAAGAUGAUGAUCAAGCUACCGUCAGCUUCCCGCUACGGCUUGCAGCUCUUUUGGCUCGCCAUCUCGCUGCUGCGGCUGGUGCCGUCGAACCUGUUCAACUGUACCGCCAUGUUCCUCGAGGCGGUGCUCACCAACAUCAGCACGACCGGCGACAUGUACGUCGGCGGGGACAAGGUGGUGCCGUAUCUGUUGCAGGGCCGGCUCCAACUGGAAGACGCGGCGAUACCGCUUGACGUAGCCUACGGGAUUCACUUCAACCCGGAAAACUUCCACUACGCCGCGUGCGCGUGUCUCGUGCGGGGGCUGACGGACGCCGUCACCAAGCCCACCACCCUACGGGUCCUGUCCACCUUCUUGGAGAUGACCAUGCCCAGCAGUAGCACCAAGACCAGCCUUGCGUCGGACCGCGCGACGCCGAGCCGCGCCGAGCGAAACGUAGCCGACCUUGCCGCAUCGCCGUACAUGGCUCUCAUCCUGGCGCGCACGGCGUCAGCCGAUGAGCUGCGCGAGCACCUGUGGGCAGCGGGCAUCAAUGUCAGUGCGACAAGCUUGCUGGAUCCGGCGGCGCUGCGCGCCGAGCAGGAUCUGGCGCGGCUCAAGGACAAAGACCUCCUGCUCAAUACGGCCAUUGAACUGGUCGACUUCCAGUAUCUCGAGGACGCGGUGCAGCUCCGCAGCCUGCAGUGGCUGAACCGCAUCGCGCUGGCCCGGCCUGGCGUGGUUAUGCAUCUAUGCGCGCCCAUAAUCAACCUUCUGGACGACAUCCUGCUUCACUGUCAGUCUUCGGCCACGCUCGAGGCGGCGCACGAGCUGCUGCAUACGCUGACAUCCAACCCGCGGUUCCCGACUUCGCUCGAGGGGUCCAACGCGGCGCUGAACGCCAUACUUGAGGACAUGGGCUUUGGCGGACUUUGGCGCAGCAGCUCGUUCACGCUGGCGCAGCCGGAGCAGGUCGAUCGCAAGUGUGUGAUGUUGACGGAGAAAUUGAUUCAGGUUAGCUUUGUUUUUACUUCCCUCCCCCCCCCUUUUUCCCCUUCCUUCUCGCUCUCUCUCUUUAUCGGCAGUUCCGGCUGACUUAUACUUUGUUUCACCUUGCAGCUCAUCAUCAUAUAAUGUUCGAACUGAUUGCCGGUUACUUGGUUCAAGGCCGGCUCUGCCUAGCCUGAUAUGGUUU